GGGAUGCACUUUGCAAAUACAAUAUUGGUUCCUCACCAGUGGACUUGGACCAUGAUCCAUCGUGACGAUCCCUCUCUCUCGGUAUAUAAAAUGGCAGGCACCAGCCCAUCUCGAGAAUAACUGCCCGACAACCGAGCUGUGCUUAUCGGCAGACACCGGAGGGUCUCGGGGACGAUGGCUCCAUGCAAUCGGAUCUUCACGACCUUGGAGCGGAAACUGAGAGGAGCCUAUCUCGAGCCACACGGGCCCCACGAGCCAUAUUCACUCCCGAGCCGACUCCGAAUCGAUACGCAGACGGGCGGAGCGCUUUUCAGUCCGAUCGGAACCGCAGCAAAUGUUGGCGACAUCAUGGAAGGGUGUUUGCUCGUUCGUCGAUGGCUUGCAGCGGCAAUGUCGCUCUCGACCGCAAUCCUCUCCUUGGCCAUCUGCCGGCCACUCUCUUCCGCUGGUAUCCGCUGUCGCCGUUGCCGGUGCGGCGUUUCGGCACCGUCCUCGGCGGAAGAGGAAAGAGAUGUCUCCCGACGGCGCCGAUGCGACCACACUUUGCAGCCCGGGCCCCCCCCCGCCUUCCGACAAGAACGAGGUGCUUUGGUCUUGCCUCUUUCUCCUUCGACCAGCCUCGUUUCCGGAUGCUCCUGUGGGAAAACAGACAUUUGGCCUUUGCCGAGUGGGUGGGGCCCCCGUUUCUCCGUCGUCCGUAUUGGUCGCCGUUUCCGUCUCCGACGGCGGCUCUUUCUACCGUGUAUUUAAAUCGCAUCGGGGCAGCCCCGCUUUCCCCCCGCUGCGUUUGCUCGUUGUCUUUUCUCAUCGUUCCGGAACUCACCUGCUCCUGGUCGAGAGACAUUCCCGUCGACUUCUCAAGCAAACUCCUUGCGCGUCUCGUUAUUGCCAAAGCUUGCGCACCAUCGACAUCACACAAGCGAUAUCACUCAAGCGAUAUCACACAACACGCCAUGCUCCAGCGACCGACUCCAUCGCAUGUGCUCCUCAGCCUGCUGUCCAUCAUUUUGAUGCUCCUCUCGGGCGCCCAGCUCUCGACGCAGGCCGCCGUUCCCGCGCUCACAGCAACGGAUCCUGUUCCCUCUGGCGCAGACACAUGGUUUGAGUGGAUUCACAGCCCAAUCCCCUCAGUCACUGCAUCUACCGCCUCGCUCGAUCCCACCAGCAGCAUCGCCCCUUUGCCGGCUGCAACUUCAACGGAAACAGCGCUCGCAACAACCAAUACCACAGUCACACCCAAUGCCACAGCCACACCCAACGCAACGGUCGCAUCGACAGUCAAUGCCACAGCAUCGUCCAACGCAGUUGUCAGCCCCACCAACACACUGACACGCCCUCCUCCUGCCCAGUCCUCGUCGAGUCCAGACCAGACCAUCGUCUGCAUCAAGCCCGCCAGACCUGCAAACUGCCCGACCGAGGCUAGCCAGGGCGGCCUGAGCCAGAACGACAUUGACGAGAUGCAGAACCUGGAUCUGACCACCAUGUCGCUCUGCCAGAUUGCCGUGUUCCAGGACUGCAUGGCGAGCACUUAUACCGUGGCUUGCUGUGUCUCCUGGAUCCAAGAGCUGCAGAACUAAGUGCACUGCCGACUGGCUGUUGGGUCCGCACUUGGACCUUGCCGCCCACGGUUGUCCCAGCGUUGUGGUUCAUUCCGAGAUUCCCGCUUGUUGUUGUUUCCUCUGGUUGUACUUUGCCCCAACCUUCAGUCAUGCCCCCCCCUUUUCAAUUCCUGCCUGCUGUUAGUGCGUCCCUCCCCCCCCCUCAGUCUUCGCUUGACCAUUCGUGUCAAAUACGAUACAUUUCGCUCGAUCCGCCCAAUCGGUGUGCCGUAACUACUUCUGCACGUGACGCCUCUGCCGAACUGGUUCAACUGCAUUUUGGUUGAUCCGCUGUGUCUUUUCGGAUCCUCGGGGCGCAGAAAAAAUGAGG